ACGGGGCCGGGGUCUCCGCCGCCGGCGAGUGGGGCGCAGCUGCCAACCCGAGGAUGGCCGCGCCGCCGGGCUACCCGCUCUCGGACCCGGGCUCCAACAGCGAGCGCAGCGCCGACUCGCCCCUGCCCAGCGACGGAGGAGGAGGAGGAGGCAGCGGCGGCUGCUCGGCCGGGCCCUCCCGCGCCGGCCCGGAGAGCCCUGAAUGGGGCGAGGAGCGGUUCCGCGUGGACCGAAAGAAGCUGGAGGCCAUGCUGCAAGCUGCUGCUGAAGGAAAGGGGAAAAGUGGAGAAGACUUUUUCCAGAAGAUGAUGGAGGAAACUAACACCCAGAUUGCUUGGCCCUCUAAACUGAAGAUUGGUGCGAAAUCCAAGAAAG